AUGAAACUAAAGCUCUCGGCCAAACCGGCCGAUCCCAACGCGCCGCCAUCAGUACCACCAACACCUGCUGCUGCCACUCCCAGCACUGGCGGCGGUUUCAAAUUCAAGAUCAAGAACUCGCAACCACCCACUCCUCAGAACGAGUCUACGCCAUCUCAACCGCCGCGACCACCUNNCAGCCAGUACUUUCAGCCGUUCCGAAGAAAGUUAAGAAACCAAAAGGACCCNACCGACGAUGCCACCAAGAAGCGCUCCGCUCAAGACGACAUUUCUCCUGCUCCCAAACGUCCCACUAUCAACACCCAGGUCCCUCCGAAGAAGCGCUUCUCCCUGAAGCUUAGUGGUAGUGCUGGUGGACAAGAAUCGGCUACUUCGACUCCUACCCGCCUCAAAUUGAACGCAAGAAAACAAAGUGCUGGCCCGAAAUCUAUCUCGAUCGUAUCUCGAAAAUAUGUGCCUAAGCGACCUGUUGGUGUUGGCUACGAUUCAGAAGCGAGUGAUGCAGAAGAUGAUCCAGCUAUUGAGCAGCAAUGGGUUUUGCGCAUGGAGCCAGGACCUGACUGCGAUUACUUGCGUGAGGCCAUCACCAACAAGACGCUGGGCGAGAAGCCAGAAAGUGGAGGAGCUUAUGUUAAUGUCAAGUUUUUGGACAAGGAUCUGCGCCGCGCCAUCGUCACUGUGAACAAGACCAACUAUGCUGCAGUCAUGGUCGAUCUACCAUGUAUCAUUGAAGGAAUGAAGAGUUGGGACAAACGUGGAUGGUGGAAGGUCGCCGAUAUUUGCCAGAUGCUGCUUGUCUUGGGUCCGACAGAGGGUGAGACAACAGCCAAGUACGCUNNCCCCCUGCCGCGCGAAGUCGAUAAAAACACAUUUGCAUAUGCACACGGCUUGACACCGCCAAUGCACUGGGUGCGCAAGAGGCGCUUCAGGCAAAGAGCUAGCUACAAGUCUGUUGAACAUGUGGAUGAUGAGGUGGAGCGUCUGAUCAAGGCCGACGAAUUGGUUGAGAAGUCAGGAGGCACUGUCAAGUACGACAUCGUUGACAAUGACGCCCUUGAUCAGCAAGCACAAGGAGACCAGGAUAUGGACGACUACGACGACGAAGAACCCGCCGAUUAUAGAACGACGACUGAGGACGCAUAUGGUCAAGCCUACACUACAGAGCCCCUGCAAGAGGAAGAAGACGACGAAGAUCUGGAAGGCAUGCUGGGUGCUGCUCUAUUCGAUGAAGACAUGGCGGAUGCACCUGCACUACCACCCGCCGAUGCGGCCGCCGAAAUGAGCGCUGUACAAACCGCCAUGGCUGAAGCCGAACCGGAAACCGAAGCACCGACGCCAGCAGCAUCAGCUGAAACUCCUGCACCAGCUCAAGAAGCAUCAAGCGAUGAGGAUGAUGAUUCUGAAGAGUCCGAUGAGGAUGAUGACGAAGGACCAGACACUAUCGAUGAAGAGAUGGUAGCAGAACAAGCCGUACAAGCUCAAGUACGCGAGGAGAUUGAGGACCUGGAGAAGGAGGUUGCGAAUGCGCGCGUUAAUGUCGAGCGCUCCAUGAACCCCAUGCUCAGGCAGCGCAACAUCAACAAGCUGCAAAGUCUCGAGAGCGAACUCGCCAUGAAGCGCAGAAACUUUGGCAUGGAGGUUGACGACGAAGACAAUGAGGAGUGA